AGCCCAGCUUUGCAGUGACUGCAGUGAUGCGAUGGCGAAGUCGCUCCUUUGCAGUUGCGCUAUCUUUGAUCACCUGGCACUGUACAUGGGCCAUGUUGCCUUCGCUGAUUGUUUUUGAUCUGGAUGCAUGCCUUUGGUCACCAGAAAUGUACGAGUUGAGCUCACCUCCAUCCUCAUACUGCAGCAAGCGCCGUGGAGUUGCCGCAGGUGCACAGACAGUACGACUUUUCCCUGGUGCUGAAGCUGUCCUGCGCAGGCUGGCAACUGACACUGCCUUUGAAAAAGUUCAGAUUGCUGUGGCAUCGUCAACAACGGAUGCUCAGAUUCUUCCCAUCCUGUGUAUACGAUACCCUUUCUCUAAGAGCCUGCAUUCGCAAAGAAAUGCCUUGAGAGUUUUCCCCUAUCUGGCAGCAAGUUUGUGACUAUUGACGAAUUGGUUCGAUUCAAGCAGAUCUAUCCUGGAAGAUGCUUGGACUUCAAAAGACGGUAUAAUCCACAGAAUAGAUGACGUGGUAUUGUCGUGGAUUAAGGCAAAGCAGCGCAUCACUUUCCAAAGCUGAAAGAAGAAUCUGGCAUACCCUAUGAUGAGAUGAUAUUCUUUGACGACUGUACCUACAGUGACAAUUGUGCUGAUGUUGCUUCACGAUGCCAUGGUACUACAUGUAUGCGCACUCCAUCUGGCCUCACCGAAGAUGAUUUCGAGCUUGCGCUGUCUGCUUUUGCUGCUGGGAAGAGAGGGGUCAUUUGAUGCCUCUCGAAGUCUCACAAACCGAAUACACGCACGCACUGAGUCACAGCGCCGA